ACGCUAAGCUUUUGUUUACCUUCUAGGAAAUAGCUCAAUCGCAAAAUAAAUUGAACACGAAUUUAUUUCUGUUUAUUCACAACAAAUUAGUUUAUUAACUAGAAAACUAAAUCCAAUCACCAAUAGAAAAACAUGCCAUUAAAAUUUUCAUUCCAGCCGUUUUCCAAUCAACUCUCCCGAACAUAAUUUUUCAUUUCAAAUAAUUUCCAUUAAAAACUCGCUAACAAACUUUUUCUUUGGUUUCAGAUCGCCAUUUAAAACUCAAAACAACGUUCCAAAUUUAAAAAUGUUCCGUUACUGGUUGUGUUUUGUUUUUUUCUUGGCGGGUAACUGCGGCGCGAAUAACUGUAGGGACGCCAACCUUUGCUGUCCGGGGCGGGAUAGUGCCUGUGUGGUGCAGAAGGCGCAUCAGAACGCAAUUAUUGAGGAUUUGACGGACAAGCCGUGUUACUGUGACCAUGCGUGCUUGAAGUUGGGAGACUGCUGUUCGGAUUUUAGAGAAACUUGCGGAGUGGUCGACUGCGACGUGUCGCCUUGGGGCUCGUGGUCGACAUGCGACACGCGCUGCGGCGCCGGCAGCAUGGUGCGCACGCGCCGCGUGAUUCGCUCCCCGGCACGAGGCGGCCGCCAUUGCCCCUCGCUGGUGCAACGUCGCGCGUGCCAGGAGCACCAGGGAUGUCCGCAUGACAGCAUGCUGAUGCAGCGGGACGAGACGGCGAUGAUCCUGCCCGGCGCUUUGUCCGUCAGCCGCCACUUCAACGCGACCUCCGACAUCCGUAAGAACCUGCGUAUGCGCAACCCGGAUGACCCUGAAGCCAACGCGCAUAGAGAGUACUGCGUGGAAUUCCAAGUGACCAAGGUGUCGAAAGCUUGCCAUCUGGACUCGGACUACAAGGCGCUGAGAGAAGGCGAGAAAGUGUGUGUACUCUGCGAAGCCGCAGCGCUUCGUCGCGACCUAAAAUGGCGGUGCGGCGGUCAUGGCGUCACCGGCCACUCCACACGUUUCUACGCGCUGGUGGCGCCGCACUGCCGCGGCAAGUGGCAGCGCGCCGGCAGCCCCGACAAGCGCGACCACUGCUGCGCCAACCCUAACUUCAUAUUCGUGUAAAUGCUU